GGAGUGACGUAUGUUCCGCGUCUUCUCUCGGGUUAGUCGGCGCCUGGCUCCAGUUUGUCCGCCGCGUAGGAGAUGAACGCGCCCCCGGCCUUCGAGUCCUUCCUCCUUUUUGAAGGGGAGAAGAAGAUCACCAUCACCAAAGACACUAAGGUGCCCAACGCCUGCCUCUUCACGCUCAACAAAGAGGACCACACGCUGGGCAACAUCAUCAGGUCGCAGCUCCUCAAAGACCCCCAGGUUCUCUUUGCUGGAUAUAAAGUUCCUCAUCCUCUAGAGCACAAGAUUGUGAUCCGGGUCCAGACCACGCCAGACUACAGCCCACAGGAGGCGUUUACCAAUGCCAUCACAGAUCUGAUUAGUGAGCUGUCUCUCCUCGAGGAGCGCUUCAGAGUGGCCAUCAAGGACAAGCAGGAGGGAAUCGAGUGAAGCCAGCAUCAGCUUCCUAUAUUUCUACAAACAUUACACCCUUUACCAUGGAAAUGUCUCUCCUAUUGUAGCUCCUGUAUCUCCUCUCAGAUCGUAGCUGUACGCAACAGUUCAAUUUGUGUGCUCCAUAACAUCAUGGUGACAUGGGCAGCAUUCUCAAAAUUCUAACCAACCAUGGAGCAGGACUGCGGGGCCAACAUGGCUGACAUUGGAAACCAGAAUGGCCACUUGGUUUUAAAUCUCUUGCUGGUUGGUUGUAAUGCACACAUGUCGUCACCUGAGUGAAAUGUGGCUGGUACCAGCACACCUGCAACAGGAUCAGGUCAAACUUUGGAGCGUAGCUUGUUUGCGUGAAUGUGAGCUACUAUCAAUCCUCAAUUAAAUUAUCUUUACUAAAGAUAUAUUUUAGUGACUCUUCUCUUUUCUAAGGUGGUGAACACCAAGGUUCCUAGUUUGCUGGAGAAAAUGUAAACAAAGGUCAUUGUAGCUAAUUAGAAGGCAAUUGUACCAUUCAUUUAAAAAACAUGAGUACAUAGCACAUCUGUAUCUUAGAUAGGCUGGUGGAUCAUAACGUAUAAUGUAAUAUAGCAACACAAUGGUUUAGGAGAGAGUGGCUCUGUGUUCUGGCUCUUGUUCCAGACCUGAACUCAGUAUAGGCUGAGCUUUAGACUUUAAGUUAAUUCAAUGAAUGACGUAUUGAUUUCCUGUUGAUUAAUGCUCAAUACUGGAGUUGGCUGAGGGAUUGAUGUCACAUAAUUGGGAAAUCUCUUGAAGCAUUAAGAAAAAAAAAAGGUCAGGAUGCAGUUUUUCUGGGACUGUGCAUUGCAGUGAUGCAGUAUCUUGACUCAAAAACAGUAGUACUGUGUUGUCCAAAGAAAUAUACUUUCCUUAAAUGUCCCUCUGUGGGAGUGUCUUGUAAACUCACUUCAGAGGCAAGUUUACACCAAGGUGUCACAGAGAUGGACAAAUCCAUCAUGACUCGUUGAGAGCAUGUUAAAAAAAACACACCUAGCUGCUAUACCAGCAAUGAGUAGCCAACACCAUGGAGGGGGUUCAAGUGGGACCCCAACCACUUGACCAAUAUUCAUCAAAAACAGGGAUAUUAAAUACAAUACUAGUGUAUUUAACAACCUCACUAGUUUCUGGCACAACAUGUAGCUGAAACUAUGGUGACGACCAGUGAGGUGUGGUGAGGUGAGGUCAGUGGCUGCUGGGUAGGCAGGGGGCACAUUCACACAUCCACAUUACAUCCUCUCUAAUGUUUUAUAACAACCUGACCCUUCUUCAUUCUUCCAACUGCCACAGAAUUCUAGAAUAUUGUGCCCCCUGGCUGAACUACACUCCAAAUGAAAACCUAAACAACAAUAUUGUCCAAGUAUAUAUGAAGUACUUUUUUCUUGUUUUAUAUGGCGUUUGAUGGCUGUGAGAUGACUAAGUAACACCACUGCCUUCCUGAGAUUUCCCAAACCAUGGUGGUCGUCAUUGGGUUCACUACAAACAGCAGUUAUGGGAUACUAAUUGUACAUAUUGUUAAAACAUUAUCUGAAAAGAACACAAACGCAACACAAAGAAACAUUUGUGGUAAAAAUGUGUAGUUUGGUAUAUGUAAAAUACACAAAUACAUAUAUUUAAAUGAUGUACCAUUCCAUUAAUUCAUGUCCAGUAUUAUGAAGUAUAAUAAAAUGACUGAUAGCAGAACUGAGAGUGAAUUCAUGCAAAU